UUCCUCCUUCUCUUCCUCAUUCUCCUCUAUUUAUAGCUUCCACAGCCCUCAAGCUCCACGCCACGCCAUUCGAUUCCUUCCCACUUCUCAACACUACCCAUUUCCUCUUCUUCCCUCUCGGAGCCGCUGAUUUCUGUCGUUUUCGGAAUGGGGAGCGCAGGGGAAACCAACUAUGGCUCCUACACCUAUCAGGAGCUUGAAAGAGAGCCGUACUGGCCAUCGGAGAAGCUGAGAAUCUCCAUCACUGGCGCCGGCGGCUUCAUCGCCUCCCACAUUGCGCGGCGUUUGAAGAGCGAGGGCCAUUACGUCAUCGCUUCUGACUGGAAGAAGAAUGAACACAUGACAGAGGAUAUGUUCUGUGAUGAAUUCCAUCUUGUUGAUCUCAGAGUGAUGGAUAAUUGCUUGAAGGUCACUGAAAAAGUUGACCAUGUCUUCAACCUGGCUGCUGAUAUGGGUGGCAUGGGCUUCAUCCAGUCCAACCACUCUGUUAUUAUGUAUAACAACACCAUGAUCAGCUUCAACAUGCUUGAAGCUGCAAGAAUCAAUGGGGUCAAGAGGUUUUUCUAUGCGUCUAGUGCUUGUAUCUACCCUGAAUUUAAGCAACUGGAAACUAAUGUGAGCUUGAAGGAAGCAGAUGCCUGGCCUGCUGAGCCUCAAGAUGCUUAUGGCUUAGAGAAGCUUGCUACAGAGGAGUUGUGCAAGCAUUAUACUAAGGAUUUCGGUAUUGAGUGCCGAAUUGGAAGAUUCCACAACAUUUACGGUCCGUUUGGAACAUGGAAAGGUGGAAGGGAAAAGGCUCCUGCUGCAUUUUGCAGAAAGGCCAUCACUUCUGUUGACAAGUUUGAGAUGUGGGGAGAUGGUCUUCAGACCAGAUCUUUCACCUUCAUUGAUGAAUGUGUAGAAGGUGUCCUUAGAUUGACAAAGUCAGACUUUCGCGAGCCAGUGAACAUUGGAAGUGAUGAGAUGGUUAGCAUGAACGAAAUGGCCGAAAUCGUUCUUAGCUUCGACAACAAAAAGCUCCCAAUUCAGCAUAUCCCAGGUCCUGAGGGUGUCCGUGGUCGUAACUCCGACAACACGCUCAUUAAAGAGAAACUUGGGUGGGCUCCUACAAUGAAGUUGAAGGAUGGUUUGAGAAUUACCUACUUCUGGAUCAAGGAGCAGAUUGAAAAAGAGAAGACUCAAGGCAUUGACCUAUCAGUUUAUGGAUCAUCCAAGGUUGUUGGUACCCAAGCCCCAGUUCAACUUGGGUCACUCCGUGCUGCUGACGGUAAAGAGUAAUUCGUCAAGACCCGGAUAACCUAGUCGGGCUAUAUCGGUGCAACCCGAGCUUUACUAGAUGUUUUCUUCUAAGUUGUUAUCACUACCUACUACACUCUGUAGUAUUUUGUUGUGCUACUGGAUGCUUUUAUUAUGCCUUAUAUGCUGUAUUCAGUUUUUAUAUGCCCUUUCUUUCAACCAAUCCUGUUUCCUUAGAAGGAAAUAUUGUGGUUUUUUUAGCAGGUUCUUAUGUCCUUGUCUUCUUUGUAAUAAUUUCCAAUGUAAUUUUUUGAUAAUGCCAGUUUUUUUCAUUGUUAA